UGAGUUUUAUACAGACUGUUCCUUCUCUGCUAAGGAGUGUGGAAGCAUCCCAGCUCCAGUGCAGGAUAAACCACACAGCCAUCCGGACCGGCUCCGACACCGGACAUACAGACAGACAGGCAGCACACACAGGUGAGGACUGAGGUGAGAGGACAAAGAUGAUGAUGAUGCAAUCUGGCCUGGAUGACACGGCUAAGCUGAGGAUGUUGCAGGCUAAGGCUCUGUCUAAGGAGGUCAGAGGAGAGGGUCUGAACCUGGGGAAGAAGAUGAGCGUUCCAAAAGACGUGAUGAUGGAGGAGCUCAAUCUUCCAUCUAAUCGAGGCUCUCGCAUGUUUCAGGAGAGACAGAAGAGGGUGGAAAGGUUCACACUGGAGAAUGCUGCCAAUGGUGCUUACAACACCAUCAAUGCCCAUCCAGAGGCCGUUCCUCCUCCGCAGAUCAUCCAAGAGCCACAGGGAGGAAAGGAGAACCAGGCUUUCUCCAUCCCUGGUAAGCAUAGCCUGGUCAUGAACCUUCAGAAGACUGUAGCAAAGAAAGGCAGUCCUGAUGUCCUCGCUCCAGGAUAUUCUGGCCCUCUGAAGGAAAUUCCUCAUGAGAAGUUCAACACAACAGUAAUCCCCAAAUCCUACUCUUCCCCUUGGAGGGAAGCUUUGGGAGACAGGGAAGAGCUCCUGGCUGUCCUCAGUAGCCAGCUGCCCCAGCUCCCACACAGACAACAGCCUGCCAACUACAGGUGCUUCAACAGAUCUGCCAUGCCAUUCGGGGGCGGUAUGGCCAGCAAGAGGGUGAUCCCAGUGAUUGGCUUUGAGGCAGUGGAAGCCCAAAACCUGCCCAGCAUCGCUCUGGAAAACAUGUGUCGACGGCCCAAUUUCAACAGAGCACCCCGGGGAUGGGGAGCUGAUUACUCCCCAGAAUCUAAUGAACUAUGAAAAAAAAAAAAGCUGAUAAGCUAAAGACUGAUAUAUGCUUGCUCCUCUCCUCCUACAAAUGAAAGAUCCAUGUUUAUCAGUAGAUACUGCAGGGGAGAGGGAAAAGAAAAAAAACACUCCUGCAUGAUAUAGCAAGUGCUUUGCUACUGCUGAGUGGUUUGACCAGCUGAGGCUAACUCGGGAUAAUGGAAUCAACAGUUCAUUACCAGUCGAGUCCAGGCAGGACAAUGCCGCCACAGGCCGCUCAGUCCUACCUAUCCUUCCUUUGCUCUUAGCAGUAUCUUAUCCAAUCGAUGACCAGACUUCUUGUUGUGUUUUUCCAACCCCCCC